AUGAGGCUCCUGUUAUCUUUGCAGUGUUGGCUCAUAUGCCUGUUCGCUUGGAGGAUAGUGGCCAACAACAAGACGCAGCCCAUUUCCAUCUUUCGAUCGAGACCGGACUUAUUCGCUCCAAUCCUCAGCGUUUUUGAAAGACAACCGGAGAAACUUGCACCAGGCUACUACUUUGUCGCCCCAUAUCAGGCGGCACAGGAGGGCAUCCAUAUCUAUGAUAACGAUGCAAACUUGAUAUAUUCCGGCUUUGGCAGCACUGGACCCGGUGUUUCUCACGCGCCUCAGACAUGUAUGUACAAAGGCGAGAUCCAUCUAUGCUUCUAUCAGGGCGUGCAGAUGCUCGGCUGGGGCCACGGUCAUGGCCUCAUCAUGGACAAACACUAUCGCAUUGUCAAGUCCAUUGAACCGGGCAGUUACCAGGCCUCUUCCGACAUGCACGAAUUCCGGGUUAUCAACGACGGGAAGCAAGCGCUCAUGACCCAGUACCUCCGUAGCGUCUACGACAUGUGCCCCUGGAAUCUAUGCGAUGGUUUCGGUUAUAUCCAGCAAGGAGCGUUCCAAGAAGUCGAUAUCGACACAGGAGAAGUUCUGUUCGAAUGGCAUAGUCUUGACCACGUCCACCCCAGUGAGAGCUGGGUUGGUCCAAGUACUACCGAGAUCAGCGGAAGUGGUGAACAUCCCGACAGCCCGUGGGAUUAUUUCCACAUUAACUCCAUUGAUAAAAAUCAGGACGGCGACUACCUCAUCUCGGCCCGCCACACCUCAGCAGUGUACAAGCUCUCGGGUGUCGACGGCCAUGUCAUCUGGCGUCUUAAUGGAGCGAGAUCAGAUUACGACCUGGACGGCUUCCAGUUCUCUUCCCAGCAUGAUGCUAGAUUCAUCUCCGACAAUGAGACCCAUACUGUUCUCUCUUUAUUCGACAACGGCACCAAUGGCUUCAACCAGACUCAGCCGCAUUCGACAGGGCAGAUUAUUGUUGUGGAUCACCGGACGAAAGUCGCAACAUGCAUUUUGAACCUCGACCCGCCCUUCAUCGACGGCCACGCCCACAUCUCAAAAUCCCAAGGGAGCAUGCAGACACUGCCAAAUGGUGGCAUCAUCAUGGGCUGGGGCAACGACGCCUUCUGGACCGAGUACGCCCCCGAAACACACGAGAUCAUCUUCUACGGCGCUCUGGCAUGGACGAAUACCAUGAACUAUCGUGUGCACAAAUUUGACAACUGGGUGGGUAUGCCGCUGACUAAGCCUGCACUGUGGACCUUCUCGAAGGACGGCCGGGAAAUGAUGGUCUACGUCUCUUGGAAUGGCGCGACGGAGGUGAAGUCGUGGCGAUUCUAUGGCGGAGAGUCGAGGCAGGGCCCGUGGGAGGAAAUCAAGACCGUGCCCAAGAACGGGUUCGAAACCAUCUACGGGCACGACGGGGCGUAUACGUACUCAUAUGCCGAAGCCCUUGACAAGGACGGCCAGACUCUGGGCACCUCAGCCGUCCAAGCGACGUUCAUCCCCAACGAGCAACUACGAGAAUACUGCGACGACCUUGCGUGCCGCUUCAUGCCGUCGCCCGAAGAGAGGAAGAAAGAGCAGGCCGAGAAAGCGAGCAAGGAAGAGGAGGAGAGGCUCAAGCAGGAGCAGGAGAAGCUGGAGGCUGAGCGGCAGCGGGCCGAGAGGAUCAAGAACGCCGAGAUCUUUGGUGGCACGUUCGGCGGGCUGGCCGUGUUCGUCAUCCUCAUCAUCGUGCUGGCGACGAGGAACUUCGUCUCCCGCCCGGUGCACGUGCUGGCGCACAAUGUCUACAGGGCCGUCAGGACGCGGGCUGCCAGGAAAGGGGGGAGGGAUGUGGGCGUGGGCGCCGGCUACAAGCCUCUGUCGCUGGAAGACCGGGACGGAGGAGAUAGGGCCCCGAUGAUCACUGACCCGUCUUGA